AGAGCUGGGUAUUGUCUAUUUUCCUGAGGGAUUUCAAGGGUGUGGUCCGUGGAUGGUGUUCGGACAGGGGAAGUUGUGCUAUAACGGAAAAACUCAGUGCGGUCUGGAUUCCGGUUCCGUUACAGGCACUGAUGAGGAGGCACUGGUAGGUGGCACUGAUGGGCAUUGGCAGGCAUCACUGAUGGGCACUGAAAGGCAGCACUCUCAUAUGACACUGCUAGGCGGCACUGAUAGCACUGAUAGGCGGCACUGACUGGCACUGAUUGACAGCACUGAUAGGUGGCACUGACUGGCAUUGAUAGGUGGCA